ACCGAAACUGCUAGCUCGCCAACAGUUUUGUCCUCUUGUCGCGCUCUCUCUCUCUCUCGGCCGACGACCGAAGUCGCACGGCAGAGCACCGCCGCGCCGCGCCGAGGAGGGGGAAGGGGAGGAGAUGACGGUGGGGAUGAUCAACGCGAACCCGGUGGUGCACGAGCGGCCGGAGCGCGCCGCCCACCCCGCGCACGCGGCGCUCGACGCGCUCGACGUCUUCGAUACGGUGCGGGACAUCAAGGACCCGGAGCACCCCUACUCGCUGGAGCAGCUCAGCGUGCUCUCCCAGGAGUCCGUCUCCGUCGACGACAAGCUCGGCCACAUCCAGAUAACCUUCACCCCAACUGUGCAACACUGCACUAUGGCCACAGUGAUUGGCCUGUGCCUCAGGCUUAAGUUGAUGCAAAACUUUCCUCCGCAUUUCAAGAUUGACAUAAAAGUUGCUCCAGGAUCUCUUGCUAAUGAAGAAUCAGUAAACAAACAGCUGAACGACAAGGAGAGAGUCGCGGCGGCCUUGGAGAACCCCAACCUCCGGCAGUUGGUGGACGAUUGCCUCUGCUCAGAUCAUCCAUCCUCAUAUUAGCUCGUCCCUGAUGCCUCACAACCUGUCUGUUGUACAGCAAUAAUAAGCAGGCAUUUUUUGUGUUUUGCCCAAUACUGUACCUGAAAUUCGAGAAAAGGCACUAUAGCUGGUCAUGUAUGUGCCAUUCUUUUGUGUUAGGUGUACGCUGCUACUCCCUGGAAUAUCAGCAAUGCUUUUUCUUCUUUCCCGCCAAAAAAAAAGCAAUGUUUUUUCUUCAUGCCUGCAUAUGACCAGUCCUUCAAAGUAGGAGGGGAAUUGUUUGUUGCAGCAUGAUUUGGUCCUAUUUUACUGGUUCUAUGUUGAUUAUCACUAAGUAUUGUUGUUGGCUAUUGCCGUCAGGGUUUACAAGUGGAAUGUGAUGUGCAGUUAAGUCGUGCCUGCCGCGCUUUAGUUGUGAUUACUGAUUAGUCUCUCCCUUAUCUGCUGUCAUGUUUCUCUUCUAGACGCAUCAUUUGCUGGUUAUCAACUCUAAGAAGGGGAGCCGUGUGGUGCUCUCUAUGUAAUGUACAUAGUCUUGGCGAUGUCAAAAUGAGGCAAAGUUCUGAUGUAAUAACGUGUGCGGCUUU